AUGUUACUUAAUGGAGAAAACGUUUCUUCAGCAAGAAAUUUGGCGAAGUAUGAAUCAAAUGAAAAUUCAGAGAAAUCAUCUCAUCCAAUUAUAUCAGUGAAGUCUGCUGUAAGAGAAGACGUGGAAAGUACUGCCAUUGGUUUAGACUUGUACGAGCAAGCUCAAGAACUAUCAGAAGAAGAGAUUGAAUCCGAAUAUUCAAAAAUUAGACGAAAGAUAGAUAAGAGGUUAUUACCGAUCUUAUGCAUCACGUAUACAUUGCAAUUUUUAGAUAAAUUGUCCCUUAAUUAUGCAUCUGCUUAUUCUUUAAAGGAAGACUUAGGAUUAACGGGCCAACGAUAUUCUUGGGUAGCGGCAAUAUUUAACUUUGGUUACCUUUUUUGGGCAUUACCAUCUAACUACAUUAUCCAAAGAGCACCUGUCGCCAAAUAUACAGGCGUCAUGCUUUUU